AUGGUGGAACUGCGAAAACGCGAAAAAUUGGAAGACCAAGGAGGUCGCCAACCGGAAUCAUCAUCCGAGGCUACAUUAAUGGCACCUCCGGUGGUUGACUAUGGUAGCGCCGCAGCAUACGCGACUGAGCUACGUAAAUGGUUAUUUACGACUCACUGCUGGGCAUAUUGUCAUCAGAUGGCAACUAUGCAUUCGUUAGCAUAUUUGGCAUCAUGUAACCGGCCGGAUAACAUCAUAUCUCACGCACCAUUUGCUGUCACAUUACCAAUACAGAAUGCUUCCUCAUCAAGUGCGAAUCCGCGGAAUCCAAAUCACUUCAUUCAGCGUCACACAAUUCCAUCUUUUACACGACGUAUCCUUGCAGAAAUCAUCGAUUCUAUCUUUGCAUUUGUCGCAAAAUUAUUAAUUGUCUAUUUCUUGGUAGAAAUUGGUGUUGUGGAUCUAGAUAAAUAUGACCGAUUAUUGGGUGAUGACGCUGACUUGCAUGCGUUGAUUGACGUAACUCAACAACUGUUUCCUAUUGAAAUGCUUGCAAAAGUCGUCGUUAGUAUUGUCGAAGCUUUAUUUGUAUCAUAUGGUUUUGGAUCAGUACCUGCUGGACAAACACCGGGGAAAGUUGCGUUAAAUAUUCAAGUGAUUACUUGUUAUCAAGUGAUACCGAUAGCAGGUAGCGAAGACGUGAAUAUCGUUCGGACGCUUGGUGUUCCAUUCAAAAAUUCUUUGCUACGAUCAUUAACGAAGAAUAUGCUUAUCAAUCUACUUUUCCCGCUUAGUGCAGCAGCUUAUGCGUUUACCUACAAUCGUGCUGGCUAUGAUAUUGCUGCGAGAACGAUCGUUGUUAACGCCUAA